AUGGCGGCGCAGCCGCUGAAGUGGCCCCGCGGAGCCGCCGAGGGCCGCGGCCCGCUCGGCUUCGCCACCGGCAGCUGGGGGGACCGGCAGCUGGGGGAGGGCGGCGUCCACGAGAGCGACAAGAUCCUCAUGGAGAAGCGCUGCUGGGACGUGGCUCUGGCGCCGCUGAAGCAGAUCCCCAUGAACCUGUUCAUCAUGUACAUGGCCGGCAACACCAUCUCCAUCUUCCCGGCCAUGAUGGUCUGCAUGAUGGGCUGGCGCCCGCUGCAGGCCCUCAUGUCCCUGUCUGCCACACUGAAGGCCCUGGAGAGCUCAAGCCGGCGGGCACUGCAGGGUCUGGUGUUCCUGGUGGGCAACGGGCUGGGGCUGGCACUGGCCCUCUACAAGUGCCAGGCCAUGGGGCUGCUGCCCACCCGCCCCUCCGACUGGCUGGCCCCCUCCGACUGGCUGGCCUUUGUCACCCCCCCUCAGCGGAUGGAAUUCACUGGGGGGGGCCUGAUCUUGUGACCCCCUGCGCCCAGCCACCAAUAAAGGCAUUGGCAGGAUGGUGA